UUCCUUAUCUGUGCUGUGCAUUGAGAUUCGUGUUUUCCGAGUUGCUGACAAUUAAUAUUCAAAAUCACAUAUUAAUCCUCAAUUAAAUUGUCACACUUGACGUUCAGCAUUUUUAUCGGAAAAGGGCAAAAAUAAAAAAAGAAGACUUCAGCGUGGACUUUAACUCAACCUAUGUUGGAGAUCAGACUUUGGUAUCUUUUUUUCUUUUUUAAUAGGAAAAUAACAUCACUUGUACAACUUCCAAGGCUUCAUCUUCAUUACUUGCAAAUUGGAAGCAGGAAGCCUGCGCCGGCCGGUGGUGCUUGUUCCGUUUCCACUCCAAGGUCACAUAAAUCCGAUGCUUCAGCUAGGAGCCAUCCUUCAUUCCAGGGGGUUCUCCAUUACAGUCGCUCAUACUCGUUUCAAUUUUCCCAACACAUCUAACCACCCUGACUUUAGUUUCUUCCCAUUAUCGGACGGCAUAACCAGCCCCACUCUCUUCUACGACGACUUCAUCUCCUUUCUAUCUCUUCUUAAUGCUACAUCUGAAGCUCCACUCCGAGAAUCAUUGCUUCAAAUGGCUCAGAACCAGGGGGGUCAAGAUGGUAAGCUUCCCUGUAUUAUUUACGAUGGCCUGAUGUAUUUUGUGGCAGACGUAGCUCAAUCUCUGAAGCUUCCAUGCAUCAUUUUGCGAACUAGCUGUGCUGCUAAUUUACUGACAUAUGAUGCAUUUCCUAGGCUCCGAAAUGAAGGUUAUCUUCCUGCGCAAGAUUCAACAUCAUUGGGUUUUGUUCCGGGGCUGCAUCCCCUCAGGUUCAAGGAUCUUCCAGCUAACAGUUUCAACUUAGAUUCUCUGCUAUGGUUUAUGGCUACCGUAAGUGAUACAAGAUCGUCCUUAGCAAUCAUAUGGAACACCAUGGACAGCCUAGAACGAUCAUCACUAAUAAAGAUUCAUAUGCAAUCGGAAGUCCCAUUCUUCCCAAUUGGUCCUAUGCACAAGAUUGUUCCAGCCUCCUCUAGCAGUUUACUAGAAGAGGACAAUAACUGUAUACCAUGGCUUGACAAGCAAGCUGCAAAAACAGUCAUCUAUAUAAGCUUGGGAAGCAUAGCUAUAAUUGAUAAGAAUGAGCUAACAGAAAUGACCUGGGGGCUAGUCAACAGCAGCCAACAAUUCUUGUGGGUGAUUAGGCCUGGUUCAAUUCAGGGUUCAAGCUGGACUGAGCUACUGCCUGAUGGCUUCAGGGAAGCUGUUGGAGAAAGAGGUUGCAUUGUGAAAUGGGCACCACAAAGGAAGGUUUUAGCACAUCCUGCUGUGGGAGGGUUUUUGAGCCAUUGCGGAUGGAACUCAACACUGGAGAAUAUAUCAGAAGGCGUUCCGAUGAUAUGCAGACCACGUUAUGGAGAUCAGAGGGUUAUUGCAAGAAAUGUGACUCACGUAUGGAGAGUAGGCUUGGAAUUGGGAAAUAAGUUGGAGCGAGGAGAGAUACAGCAAGCUGUUCAAAACCUAAUGGUUGAUAAGGGAGGAGAGGAGAUGAGGCAAAGGGUGAUGGACUUGAAGGAGAAGAUUAAACUUAGUAUAGCUAAAGGUGGUUCAUCCUAUAAGUCCUUGAAUGAAUUAGUAGAACUGAUAGCAUCUUGUUAAAUGCAUAGUUAGCUAAUGUAAUCUGAUUUGGUGUUUUUGGUGUUUCCAUUACAACAACAGAGAUAUGUUGCGCAA